CGCAGUCGUGUCCCGAUCAACUUUCCACGAGGUAGUGUCCAGCAGCUCGAAACGCUCGAAAGCUCCGGAAUACCAACGAUGAGAACAUCGUGACAGAAACUAUCAGAACCUCACGAAGAAAAAAAUUCGAGGAUGAAUCUAUCGAAUGCCUUAUUGCGUCACAUGACAGGCUCCCGAGGAAGGGUAAGCCUGCUCCCUGGAUAUUCGUGCUGCACCAGGAAGUUAGGGCUGUGGCUGCGAAAGCACAGUCUCGAGGUUACGAGAGCAUGUACUCGACAAUUGGAGUCGAUUGCUGCCCAGAGAGUGCGCAGGAGUCUGCAGUUAUUUGAGCUGUACACAAAGAUCUGGGACGAGGUUGCCCUGAAGGAGUUCCUGAAGGCCUGGAGGGCCAGGAUGAGGAGGACUGGGAGGGAGUUGUUGUUUAGUUCAGUGGGUGUGACGAUGUUCAAUUGGGAGAGGGACAGAAUCGACAACGAGGAGUUGUACAGCUAUGCCAAUGAGAUUGAGAUCAUCCACAAGUUGAAGGAGGCGACUGUUGUCUGUGAGGAUUGUCAUCAGAGGAUGAUUGUUGAUAAGCCUCAGGCAGACAUCGAAUAUUGUCAGUGCAAGGGCAAGGGCCCCAAGGAGGAGAACCACUGGGAGCCUUUCAUCGAGAGGAGGGAUAUGCUCAUUUGGAGGCGAGAGGAGACAGAUACUCGAUCAGGGGGACUCUAUGCCUACAAAGUCUUUGGGAGCUUUUCUGAUGUCACUGCUGACGAGUUCCUCAGGGUCCAGGUUGAUGUCGACUACAGGAAGGCCUGGGACACGACUGCAAAACGUCUCGAGAUCAUCGACACCGAUCCUGAAGGGGUUGUUGAUGGCAAUCAGAGGAGUGAUGUCAUUUACUGGGAGAUGAUCUGGCCUAGGCUUUUUUCGAAUAGAGAUUACGUCUACCAGAGGCGAUGGGUGCUUGACAAGGAGAAGGGGAUCGUUGUCAUCGUCAGCAGGGGCGUUCAGCAUCCGCAGGCCCCUGAUCGCCCUGACACCUACAGAGUCAAUUCGUAUUGGUCGUACAUGGUGAUUAAACCCUCCAAGGAUUUUGACGAGCCUGGGAUCGAGUUUGGCUUGACCUAUUUUGAAGAUCCUGGGAUUAAUAUUCCCUAUGCUGUCAGUGCCUGGGUUGCUGUGAGUGGAUUGCCCGAUUUCUUGAAUAAAAUGAGACAAGCAGCGAAGGAUUACAAACACUACAUAGCGAGGACUCAAAAACCAGAAGUAAUAGAGCCCAGUGAGGAAAUGGACGUAUCAUCGGCUGAAAUAAUUCUCAGUAGUCAGUCAAAUGAUGGGAUUAACGAAACGGCGACUAAAGAAAUGAUAUCUCUCCCUGAAGAACCCAACAAUUCAGAAAACAGUCCCAUCAGCCUUCAGGUGGAAAGCUCCAGUGAAUCGGAAGUGCAAUCGAGUGAGGACGAGUUAUCCGAACAGAUUGUCGAGAAACAAAGUGGCUAUCUGCGAUACGUUUUCUUGACUAAACUGUUUGCAUGACAAUUGUACACAUUUUCGUCGUCCACAUUUAGCACUGACGACGAAAAUAACUCGAACGUUGUGCUCUCAGGGAAAACUGAUAGGUUUGUGCCACCUUCUGGUGGACAGUAGGUUUCUAGGACGCAGUGUGUGAUUGAAUCUGAAGAGAAUCACUAAGAAACUGUUUUUUAGAAGGAGAAAAUACGAGAGAUAGUGGAAAUUUAGUUUUAUAUGAAGAGGUGCUUUUUCUGUGAAUUUAAUUGAGGAAAUUGUACAUUGGAUAUUUCAAAAUAUUGAAUUUUCUGUUUUAUGCAAAGAGGACCCCUCUGGGGUGCGAAUAAUCCACUUUUUUUAAAACGCAUGAUUCAUCGAUAUUUGCACAACAAUUGAACUUAGUUUCUUUUUUGUUUAGCUGAUGGAUAAUCCUGUACAUAAACUCGGUGUUGUAUAAAUGUUAAUGAUUACUCUAAAUGAAUCAUGAAGAUAUUAAUUAAUUGGGCAAAGACUCUGUAUGAUAAAAAAUUAAUACACCAAUU